AUGGAAAUCUUGCACGUCUUGGGUCAACCCUUUAGUGAUACAACUAUUGAGGCUUAUCAGUAUCACACUUAUCAACCAUAUACAUCAAAUUUAAACUAUAAUGAUGAAAUCAGAAUAAAUAUUCAAGAUCUAGAUGCUUAUACUUUACCAUGUAACAGUUACAUAUACAUAGAAGGAAAAAUGUUAACUGAUGACAAUAAAGUUCCUACAAAAUUUCAAUUUAUUAAUAACGGUAUUUCAUAUUUAUUUAGAGAAUUGAGGUAUGAGUUAAAUGGUGUUACAAUUGAUUCCGUACGAAAUAUUGGUUUAAUUUCAACUUUGAAAAACUACUUGUCGCUUAAUGAAAAUCAGAGUAAACUCUUACAAAAUGCUGGUUGGUUUCCAAAAGAAGAUAAGUUGAAGAUUGAUACGCAUGGUAAUUUUAAUGUAUGCAUACAAUUAAAAAUUUGGUCUGGCUUCUUUGAAGAUUUUCAAAAAAUUAUCAUUAAUAUGAGACAGGAAUUAGUCUUGAUACGAGAAAAAGAUGAUAUUGAUGCUAUUAUUGCUACAGAUGAAACAGAAAAACCAAAAAUUGAAAUUAAUAAACUUUAUUGGAAUGUACCUCAUAUUUUACCUAAUAUUAGCGAACAAUUGCGGCUAAACAAAAUAGUUCGUAGUAAUACGGAACUACCUAUAAAAUUUAGAAGUUGGGAAUUAAUUGAAUAUACCACUUUAAAUAAUUCGACACGUCAUACUUGGCCAGUAAAAACAACUACAAAAUUAGAAAGUCCUCGGCAUAUUGUAGUAGCUUUCCAUGAUGGUCGAAAAGGAAAAAUGCUGAAAGAUAUGAGUAAAUUUGAUCACUGCAAUUUAACAAAUAUUCGUAUGUUCCUUAAUUCUGAACGAUAUCCUUAUCAAGAUCUCAACCGUUUGACUUGCAAGUAA